UUUCUGAAUGCUUUGUCUUUUAUAGAUACAUAUUUACAGUUACACAUAGGCCUUUAAUAUAUUAUUUAUGGCUGUAAACUCAAAACUGUUGCCCUGUCAAAUACCACUGUAGGACUAAACCUCCCAAGAACUCCUUUCAGUCUUGAGGACCGAAGGACGUGCACUUGAUGGUUGCAAUCAAGUAAAUUGAUACAGAAAUCAAGAAGACGUGAAUGUGAAGCUCCCUAGCACCAUUUUUAGCAUCAACAUUCAGGCCAUUAUUAUGUCUUACAGCUGAGAAUUUAUUUACCAAAGAGGAAUUUCUGUGUUUGAAAAGACCAGGUGGACAAGAGGUCAAGCCCUUGAUCAAUUCAUUAUAGUAAAAGAGUACCAGACGUGUGUUCCUAGCUAUCAUCACUGCAUCCUGCUGCCUCUAAAAACUACCAAAUGAUUGUUUCUUUGGUUUGCUUUGGAUUUUCUGUUUUCCCUUUUCCUGCUUAGAAACAACUGGUUUCUUAUUUGUUACUCUCUUUCAUGUUCAUUGCAAGUUCAUGUGACUGUUCCUCAACAACAGUUUUGAUUUGUAUCUCUAAUAAAAAUGUAGAGCAUCAUAUAAAAUUGCCUGAAGUUGUCAGUGCAUCAGACAGCUACCUUCCCAAGGUGAACCAUCCUUUUAAUAACAGUGUACAACACCUUGUUGAUCUGGUUUUUUUGUCUUUGCAUGUGUUGAUUUUUCUUUGUAAUGAAGUCUCUUAGUGUUUUGAAAUCUUUGAUUUAGGCAUUCUUUUUUGUUUGGUUGGUUGGUUGUUUUUUUGUUUUUUAAUUGGUUUUGAUGCACCCUCCUCUAAAUCUUUGGUUAGUAUUUUUUUCAUGUACUAUUUUCCUCUACCAAAAUGCUGUCAUCAUUUUUUAGUCACACAUUACUCAUCAGUUGCAAAAGAAAAGUGUGUGUUCUUGUUUCUUUAUUGCUUAGUUGGAUGGUGCUCUGUGACACUGGAGCAUGAGCAAACAGAGGGGUACCUGUCUGUCUGUAAGGAACUUACAGAUAUCAUGCAAGCAGACUGUGGCUGAGGAUAUACCUGCAGAAUACAUCAGUCCUCUGAAAAGCAGUAGCUACUUGUAUGUGUUCAUGGAUUCUUGUGUGUGCUUUUCUUGAGGUGAGCCACCAGAAACGUCCAUCUUCCAGCAGAGUUUCAGGUUCUGAGCUCUGCUGUCCAGUGCUGCCUACAGUGCCAGUCCCCUGAGCUCUGACCUCUUUCGUGCCAAAGAACUGCUGCAGCACGCAGAUUGCACAGGGCUGCUUCCCUGUCCUGCAGCAUGCUAUGUUUGCUUAGAACACCUUUUGCAUCACUGGAAGAAUCAUGUAAACAGCUGUCCUGAGAGGAUAUUUGCCUGAACAAGACCUGGGUUGUUUGCUUCUUACACAUAGGUGCACAAAAUUUGCAUGAGACAAAUUUUUGCUGCCCCACUGAAACAGAAGGAAGUGCCCUCUCAGAAGGAGGAAUUCUCUUAAGCUACUUCUAGCUAGAAAUACAAUAUGUUCUUCAUAAAUUUUAUUUUUAAAUGGCCAAGGAGCAAAAUCAGUCAAAAGUGUCUCAUAUCUGUGUUAGAUCACCUUCUGUAAAAAGGCAUAUUUCAAGGAAUGUGGGAGUAGGAAAGCAUCUUGUUGAUAUUGUCCUUCUCCCCUCACGCCUUCCUGCCACUCCAUGCUUAAGAGCAGAAUCAUUGUGGUGUUGGAUUCUUGGGGCUGUGAGUAAAUCGUGGAUGCUCUGAAGGAAGUGGAGGUGCUGUUCCUGAUGCUAUUUCUGUCCUGUGGUGAGAAUUUUGCAGUGUUACUGCGGUGGUGUGUGCCACCUACCCAGUAUGCUUUCCUUUGACAGGAAGACCUACAACUAAAGAGAAAAAAAAUGGUCUGGGGGAAGUUGGUAAUGUUUUUUUUCUUCUUCUUUUUUUUCUCUCAGCCUGUGCUCAGCAUUUCUUAGGGCUGGAGUUGCAGUCUCACACCUUUCGUUGCACCAGCGCAGGCCUGGCAGGUUGGCUGGGAGAUUUAAAUUGAUCACAAGUGACUCCAGCUCUUUGGUUUCAGGUGUGAUCUCGGUGAUGGACUUUCUAGUGAUGAAGAGAAUCUCUGUCACUGCUUUCAAAAAGAGUGAAAUUAUGGCUCUGAUAUCCUCUGAAUAAGGAAGCCUUCUGGGGCAAGCUCAAAAGUAAAGCAUGGGAAGAAGAGGAGCUCAGAUAGCUGAAACACUCUUCUCCAGUAACUAUAGAUACUGUGGUCUUUCACAGGAGAACUGUGGACAGGAAGAAUGUUUGUUUCUAAGUGCUGAUGACCGUGUUAGAAUAAAUAGAAUUGAAGGAGGCUUUAGGAGUUCUGUUGCUUUGUUCAUGUGUUUAAAAAAAAUAUAUAGCAUCCAUUUUUAGGAUUCAGUGUACUAGAGGCUGAAAAGAAAAACACAGCAGGAAUCUCUCCCUCCCCUGUCAGGCUCAGAGAAGAGUGGAAGGGAAAGAAACAGUUAAAGCACUCACAGUUGUGUAUAUAUGUAUACUGUUUAAAUUUGUCUGUCAAUUUAGCUGACAGUAGGAUUUUUAAAUCAAAUAGUAAAAUUGGCUGUCCCCCAUUUGCACAAAGCAAAGAUAUACUGCCAUGUGCACUCCUGGGCUCCGCUGCGUUUCAGGCCCUAUAUGUGAAGUCACAUACCAGUGGGAUGCUAGUUCUCGGAGCUGUAUGGAUCGCACAGAUGGGAGUUCACAAGCCAGUUGGCUGGCUGGAAACUUAUACAUGGAUCUUGACAAUGGAACAUAUUUAUACAGUGUUCUGGUAUGCUCUCUAGCGCAUUUGAUGUUUUGCCUCAGGCUCUGGAUGCUUUCAGAAAUCCUGCCUGCAAGCCUCAGUCUGCACCCUUGCGAAUCUGGCUCCUGUGAUGCCCAGCCUAGACCAUGGGUGUGGACUAGACUUGUAGACUUGUACGGUGGGCAGCUGAAUGUCAAAACGAGUCAGCUUGCGAUGCAUGCCCAGUGUAAAAUCCAGAGUGAAAAUAUAAUAAAUGGCUUCUGUCACUUUUCUAAGGGUUAUUUAAUAAGGAUCAAGUUUUGUGGCAUUUUUCAAGAUAGCCCGUUUUGAGAUGACUUGGGCUAGUUUUAUCUUAAUCUUAGUCUUAAUCGUUUUAAUCAUCUCUUGAGAAUGUGUCUUUCACUGCCUUCCACUGCAACUGCAGACAUUAGGUAUUUCUGCAAAUCAGCCCUUGGACACACAUGGCAGGGACCUGGAAAAUUAGUGAUUCCUUGUGUAGUGUUCAGUUUAAAUGACAGAGAUCUCUAGUAGAUUCUGAGCUCUGUAGGAUAGUGUUCAAUUAUCUGACUCAAAAGGAUUGGUUUCUGAAUGACUAAAGGGGUUGUGGAAAAAGUAAUGAAGAAACUGGCCAAAUUUGGGUAGAGUUCACAGGAACGACAGCUAGACCACUAUUUCUGUCUAAUUUCACGUCUCUAUCCCAAAGGACAUGGGUUCAAAACUGUAGGAAAAGGGUAAGUGGGAGAAGUCUGCCAGAACUUUUUGAUGAAGGAAAAACUUCUUUUCCUUACUUUUUUUAAAUGGCUCUACGGUUUUGAAUGAAAAAAAAAAAAUACUGAAGUAGACACUAACUUGUAAAAUUUCAACCCAAACAAUGGUAGUUUGGCAAAGUCGUCUGUUGUGUUAUAUAGAGAAGUCUGUCUUAUAAUGGCAUGUGUUUGGCAGCAUAGUGAAAUGUGAUACUAUGAAUUCUGCAAUAGUGAAACAUGUUGGAUUUGAGUCAGCAUUUGUACCUACUGACAGCAGUCAGUUCUUGUGUGAAUUAACUGAAUUGUCUUGCUUCAAAUAAGGACUUGAUAGAUGACCAUAUCUCAGAUCUUACCAUCCCAAUUAAGGCCCAAGAUGAAAAAUACAAUGUGAUAAAAUGGCUAUCAGAUGUUGUUUAGUGAAGACGAUUAUACUUGUUUGCAUAUCAAGGCCCUGCAUCUGACAGUGGUAAAACCAAAUGUGAGGGACAGGCUUGGCAGGAGACAUGUCGUGAUAGCUCUUCCCAUGUAUAUUAGUUGCCAACAAUUCACUGAUCACAGGCUUCCUGAGCCAGACAUAGUGUUUUUAUAUUUACUAGACUUUUCCAUGAACAUUCUCCUGUGACCUCUUCAGCACCUUAAGUGUCUAAACACUCUGCAGAAGAAGUUCCACAGCAAAAACUGAACAUGUAUGCUUCCUUCUUGAGCCCGUGUACUGGUGAUUUCACUUCAUGCCUCCAGCUCUUUCCUUGGAAAAGGCACUACCUACCAGCCUGUUCAGAUUCCCCUGUCAUUCUCUAGCCAUUCUCUAUCUUCAGUGCAGAUAUGCCUGUGUGCCAUUUCAGUUGCAUCUCUCUUACCUGUGUUUACUGAUUCCACUUGCUUUGUGGAGCUUGGUUUUCUUGUCCUCCCAGACACUCAUUGUUAGCUUAAGCUUCUGCUAGUUUGCUUAAUUUAGGCCUUAAGCUUACCCUUCAGAACUAUUUCAGUGAAUGCUGGGAAUUAUUAAGAGUGGAAUAAAACAGGUGGCAACCGGUGGUGUAUUUGUCUUGAAUACCAAACAAGAGGUAUGUGUGAAAGGGAGAAAAUGCAGAAGGUGGUAAAUACGAACAUAGUAGUGAAAAAGCUUCCACACAAAGAAGGCCUAUGUUCUUAGGCCUUAGAUUCUUCAACCUAGUAAGAGACUACAACAGAGAGAAUGCAGCACAGGUCCCAUAUCAAAGACAGGGAAUCAUAAAGGUGUAAUGAGUGACACAGAAGCCUAAAAUGGCUUAGGUUGAAAGGGACCUUAAAGCCCCUCAGGUUUCAACCCCCUGCCAUGGGCAGGGUGGCCUCCCAACAGAUCAGGCUGCCCAGAGCCCCAUCUGGCGUGGCCUUGAACGCCUCCAGAGGUGGGGCAUCCCCAGUGUUGAUAAAGGAUGAGCAAAGUUAUUGAGAAUUAAGAGAAAUAAUGGGAGGUUGGUUCAGAACUAGCUAAAAGAAAGAAAUUGUUAAUAAAAGAUGAAAUGAAGCUGUAGAAAUCCUUGUCAUGAGAUUUUGAGAGUAAAGAAGUUUACAUGGGCACAAAAAGGAACUCCUAACGUAGUGGACAAGUGCUUUGAGGGCUAUUAAGUCCUUCCAAAUCAGGAAAUCCCUAAAUCCCAAACAGUAAUACUUUCCCCAGAUACUCUGCACUUGCCCUUCCUGAUAGGCUGUUGUUGGCUGAUGCUAGGUGGGCUCUGAGUCUGAAUGCUGGGACCACGAUUGUGCUGUGCUGAGAGCUCAAGGGAAACUGUCCUACGAGUCAUGGCUGGCUGGCUGUGACCCUGUGUAGAUCCACUAGUUACAUCAUCUUUUGACACGUAAGUGGUCAUUGUCCUUGGUUUAAUUAUUAAGACAUGUUGUGAUUUUGUUUUGGUCAGAUAUUUUGUUGUGCUAUCCCAAACAGAUUUUUGUGAAUAUGUAUUACCAAAUUUAUACAGUGUUUCUAGCAAGAAUUUGAUUGUCCACUGCAAUGGUAUCUGUCUGUCUCUUUCUUCCCUGGAAGUAGAGAUGCUUUUAUGCAUAAUAGUAGUUUUUUUUCUUCUCCAACAGCUCUCUUUAGUGACUUUUAGUAGCUGCUUGUAUGAUGGUCAUACACAGAUGUUUUGCAUCUCUGCUACUUCCAAGUAAUGAAUCACUAGCCUCUAAGUGUGAUACUCUGUCCUUUGCUGUUACUUUUCAUCCCAUUUCUGUCGCAGCUGUCCUUAAGAUUUGGCACAGCUUUUCUUGUGAAUUGUUUCAGACUGCACAAUACUUGUAGUACCUCUUAGGUUUGUAUUUUACACAAGUUUUGGUAGUGCUCAUAUAAAGUUGUAACAAGAAAUAUAAAGGAAAAUGUUGAAUCAGGAAAGACAGACAAGCAGUCUUGGCAGAAUUCCAUGAAUAACAUCCUUCUACCUUUCAGAAAGAAAACUGUUUUCAUCUCCUCUUGAUCUUCUGCUUUCCUGCUUUGCAAUUCUGGAACUAGCCCUUCUCCUCUCAGCUCAGCAAACUGCUUCUCAGGUGGUGGUAUAUCAGAUAUCUGACUGAGUUGGACUUGAGCUGUUGUGCUUCCUUUCUAUAAAGAAUAUUUUGUCAUGUUGAAGGAAAGUUGGAUGUUUGACAUGGUUUCAGCUUUUAAAAAUCAUGUUAUAUUUUAUUGUUUUUUUUUCUCUUUACCUUCAUGUUUUCAUUCUUUCUUCCAAAAUGUGAUCCAAGAAAGAAGCUGUGCUAUCAUCAGAUACAGUGUGGCCAGAUAACUUUUUUCCACCUUUCCUCAGUGCUGAAAUGAGACAGAAACUUUUUGGAUUUAAUGCUGUUCUGAGACUCUCCCAUCUUAUCACGUGGCAGUGUUGCUUCCAGUUAAAUCAGAUGAUAGUCCUGAAAUAUUGGAGACAGUGCUCUGUUGGUAUGCUAGAUACUUUCACUUAAUUCAUCUUUCAGAAGGCCCUGUGCCCGUCUCUGAGGUUGGCAUAACCUCUGGAGCGGAGGACUGUAAGUUUCUCUCUUGUUUUCUCUGUAGUGGGAGUAGCAAUUUGAAACAGUUGCUGUUGCUUCUCCUUGGUGUUAGUAAUGGCUGUGGAUGUUUGGCAAGCUUAGUUCUAGCAAAGUUCAUUCAGGGAGACGCCUGCAGUGUCAGGGAUUUAGCCACUUAGUGCCACUUGUCAUCCUUGCUGAGGCCAGGCACCUCACUUGGUCGUGGUGCCCUAUCAGCCCUCUGUGCUCCAUCUGCUGCCCAGGGGUCACGGCCUUCAUGCCUGUGGGGUGGGGAUGGUGCCAAAACUGCUCAUUUGGCAGGUACUAAAACUUCUGUUGUUCCUGAUGUUGAGCUGCUGCACAGAAUCUGUAGGUGCAGUUUCGUGGUGAUCCACAGCAAGAGCUGCAGGAAUCCCAGUCAGAGAUGGAAUCCUUUACCUGAGAGGCUGUUCGCGUCUCUUCCCUCAUACUGGCAGUAAGCCCCCUCCAAAGGCCAAAUCUGUAUGGAAAUGAAAUGUUUUUUUCUGCAAUUCAUUGGACUGCCUUAACUCUCUGUCCCAGUACUCUGAGUGGUCAGACAAGCACCACUUUGAGAAGGGAAGGGAGGUAGGAGGGAGCACCAUUGAUCUGUUUUGGUGUGCAGGCCUGUUCGAAAUUGCAGAGAUCUGUCAGCCUGUUCCACUCAGCGGGACAGCUGUACAGACAUUUGUUGGCUAUUGCUUUGGAAGCAGCACAGAAGCUGUUAGCCUUGUCUUAGGGCUGCUGGAGGUCCCCUGGGCUCAGUGCUGCUGGCUUGUGGUCUCAAGCCCAUGGCUGACCUGCAGCAUGCACUGGGCAACAUGUCCUCUGCCCACAGCUGCCCCAGGGAGCAAGGUGCUCGUUUCCGUGCAGUCACCUAAUUCUGCUGCUUGGCUGCUUGGCUUAGGAGACUGAGUCCAGAGAGGGGAAGGUAACUGCUGAGGCUGUUUGCCAAGCCAGAUAUCAAAUCUGGUGAGGAAUCAGGACUUGAGGUUAACUGCCAGCAAUUAUCUCUAUCUGAGUGAUUCUUCAGUGUCUUGUUUUCAAUUGAAAAAAAGAAAAAGUGAGGUUCACAGUGCUGGCUCCUAUGGCCUUGCAAUUCAAGGGAAGUAGCAGCUCUCGUCUUUACAAGUUCAGCCUCUUGGAUACAAACCCCAAAGUUUUUGCGACAGCUGAUGUAAUGAGGAGGCUGAAAUACAAACCUCUGGUGUUCUCAGCUCCCAUUCGGGAUGCAGAUUCCUCUGAAAGCACUUCCUUGCUUUGAUAAGGAAAGCAUUUCAAAAAGGGAUGUGCUUAAGUCAUCAAAUCCUUCUGCCUGUUUCUGUCAGCAGUGAGCUGUUCCUUACCUGCUCCUUCCUAUAGCCCUUUCUGGCCACUUUGUAUUCAUCCUGCCAGCAGAUGUUGUCCCCCAGCACCCGUCGCAGCCUGGCCAGGCAAGGAGAGCCAUGUGCUUGGGAUGAAGGAGGAAGAUUUUCAUCACCAGGGGUCAGAAAUAAGCUUCUUGUGUGUGGUCGAUAACAUGUAGCACGCGUGGUUUAGUAAGAUGAGCUUCCAGCUCUCUCUGCAGGAGAAAGGGAUGCAUACCUUUCAUUAACUUCUGCAGAUUUCUACGAUCUGAUAGGAGGCGGAAAAGAAAUUUAAUUUCUACAGCCAAGUCUCUGUGUGUUACUUUCUCAUGUGUUGCUGAUGACGGAAAGCUUGGGCGGGUGCCGUGCUGUCAGACUGGAUUACCCAGCGCUCGCUGUCAGGAGUCCACACUCCAUGCUCGCAAGCGCAGCGUUCCUUUUUCCUGAAGGACUGCAGGUUUGUGUGGACACAAACAGUGGUGGCACGGGCACAAGUCCUCUGGUAUUCAGAUUUGUGUAUGCAGAGCACUGUGAAAUUUGUAGUUGUAAUGUUAUCUGUUAAGAGUAGAGUAAAUCCUACUAAAGCAAGUAGUGUAAAUUACACCGGCUGUACUUCAGAUAAGUCUCCCUACUGUUGUGUGCAAUUAGAUAGAGCUUUUUAAAGGAUUAAUAGUUAUUAUAUUAUAAGAGAUUGGUCUGUGGUAGGAAAUGAGGUUUCCACUGAAUAUUUUCUUUGAGCAUCCAAAUGCAAAGAUCCCUUAUUAAAAUUUAUCUAGCUGUUUAGCUUUUCUUAGCAGAAGGUUCAUAGGUCAUAGAAACAAGUGCUGUAUGAAAUUUCAAACGCAAUGGUCACCUGCUUUUAAAGAAAAACAGUAGUAUUAGCUCAUUUCAGAAAGCAACACAGUUAUUUAACUUCUGUGUUGUGCUGUCAUUAUAUGACUCUGCUCAUUUGCAUCCAUCUGUAUGCUAAACUAUUUGGAUUAUUCUUUUGUUAAUUUUAUUUUGAGCUGCAGAAGCCAGCAUGGGCACCUGAGGAUUCCAUUGGCUUGCUUUCUGGACACUUUUCCUAAGAAAAGAUGACCAUAUCAAGACUGUGAAUAGCCCACUCUGUGUUCAGAUCUGUCGGACAGCGAGCAUUGCCUUGCAUUUUAGCUUUGCUUCCUUGCCUCUGCCUCACUUCACUUUGCUUUUUAGGCUCCCAUUUCCUCUUCACGUUAUUCACUGUUUGUUUUGUUUCAUUUUUUUAACCAACUUGUCAUCUGCCAAAUAAAGGGUACGGAAGAGAUUGUUUCCUUAUAAUUGUUCCUUAUCCACCUAUAAUUUGCUUUCCCUUCCUUACACUAUUUUGCGCCUAUCUCCUGAUCUUCUCACCUUCAUCCCUAUCCCUCCUCCCUUCCCAGUCUUUGAUUUUGGAAGGAGCUGGGAGACGUGAUUGUAUGCCAGACAGGCUUGGUUAUUACUUACAUAGGGAAACUUCAUCCUGUCCAACAAGUAAGCUAUUCGUAGCCUUGAGGGAUAUAUCUAAAGGGCACAGAGUUUCCACUCAAAAUUUAAGUAGAUUAGAUUGUGUGUACAUAUUUGUUGUGACUUGGCAGGUAUCCCAGCGCCCGAGGUCUUAGAACAUAUACUUUGCUAUACUUGAGGCAAGCUCAACUGCAUGUUUCAAGAGACGUUCUGGAGCAGUGGGAGGCUGCAAGGAGUUCACAACGGUGUUAUCCUCUCUAGAUCUUACGCAACAGGAAUCCUGACUACUGUACUGUUUAUCUUGGUAUUAACUUCUAUCAGACACUUCAAGGGGUGGCAUAAUUGUAAGACAGGGAGGAUAAAAUCCUCUUUUAACUCUCUGCUGUUUUGGAUUCUAUUCUGGAAAAAGAGGGCUGCUAUUAUUUUUUCUGAAGCCCUCUUAAAAUCACGAUACAAUUCUGGAUGAUCGUAUUAGAGAUGAGUGUUGUCUGCAUAAUUGUAUGCCACCUACUGGCACUGCAUCUCACAGGCUAAUUGCUCUUAAAAACAAAGUGCUUGUGCUUAUUAGUUUGAAAUUUGCUAUGCUGUGGUGUUAUUGAGUAUCUCUCACUGUUGUAAGAACAGCUGAAACUGUGUCACCAAGUUAGUCUACUGCUAAUUAUUUUAAUAGUACUCACUCGUGGUCUUGGUCUGUUGUUGUUGCUGCUGUUUAUUUAUUUGUUGUUGCUUUUGUUUUACUAUUUAAGUGUAGUCCCGAAAUUCAGGUGCUGCAGACGCGCUGGAGGGUACUGUGAAGUUAAAGCAGUUGUAUUUUAUGAAAUUGUUUGGUAUGGCGCUUUUCCUUAUAAGGUGCAAUGACCAAUUGUUUUGAUUAUUUAGAAGGGAAAAAUUCCAUGAGAACUAUUACUGAAAAUGACUGACUUGGCAUUAGUAAUCUGUCAUUCUCUUACAGCAUUUGAUGCAACACUGAAGUUAAUACAGAUUGCUGAAAUAUCAGCAGCUGAAGCGCGAGUGGCUCAGAUGUUUUCAAAUUCAUAUUCAUUUGUGAACUGCUUAUUACAUUUUCUUGUAAAUCACUAAUGUAUGUGUAAAUAAAUACGGUUUUUGUUUGUAGUGGUGCGAUCUCAACAUCCAGGCCUUUGUAAAUAAAGAGUAGCCUGGAUAUCUAAGAGAAAAGUCAAAACAGUUGUUUCAUAGUGCAGGGUGACCUAAAGGCAGCUUGGAGCUGGAGAGGUUCCUAGGUUUUUCUGUUAGAGAGGUGAAAUCUCUGCAGAAUGAUGGUAGCACUGUGCUGGAGAAUCUGCAGGAGCCCAGUGGGAUUGUCAGGUCAGGCUCCAUGGGGAGGGGAUCCUUAACAGAGAGGUGGAGUGGAUUUAUUUAAGUGGUUUUGUUUCUUUAUUUAAGCAAGGGUUGGAAGCUAGUAAAAAUGCACUAGCUGUUAGGCAGCACAUAUGGGCCCCUUUUGCUAGAAGUUACAGAGAAGUAUGAGGGAGACGGUACUAGGAUUUACCUGAUUUGAAAUGUGCGUCUACUUUACUUGUUCUUUGGGCAUCUCAGUGCUUUGGGAAGAAAUGCUUAAAAACAGCUGCCUAAACGCAUUUCUGCUAUCUGUUAGAGCAUGCUCUUAGAGGAUGAGGAAUGAUCUGCUUUUACCUUCUGUAUGUUGAAAUAAAGAUUUACCCUAACAAGCAGAAAGUUGCAUGAAAAAAUUACUGCAUUUCUUUUACUUCUGUUAGGCUUUUCUAAGUACAGAAACAUAGGAUUCACUCAAGCAAAUAAUGGGUAGAAUUGUCCCUUUUGUAAACCUUAUAACAGAGGUAGUGAGAAAGCUUUUGUGAUCAGCAGUCUAGACACCCUAUUUACUAUGGUUUUGUCUACAGUAGGCUGCUACUUUGAACGUGUUAGUUCCUCUCAAGGCAUCGUGUGUCCGUGCUGAACUGAAUUCUGCAAGUUGUGUCAGAAAAGGGCUACUUGCUGCAGUAAGUGCAGUAAAUGCACAUUGCAGUGAGUUAGAUUCCUCUCUAAGGUGUCUUUGAGUUACUGCCUUAUAAUAUGCUAGUUUGUUCUCUGUAAUGUAUUGCUUCCCACCUGGCUCCCUACCCGUGUCCUUCUUUACUCCAGGACCAUCCUGAUUAGUGGUAAAUGCUCUAUAUGUGUUGGCACUUAUGAUAAAGAUUAUGAAGAGGUUGGUUGUGGUGAUCUAUUAGUUUCGAAGGGUCUGCAUUGUCUCUGGAAUUGUGUGGCCUCUGGUUUGUUCAUGUCUGACACUACUCAGAUGAAAAUUAUUAUGGGACGUACAGAUACAGGCCAGUGCCCACAGAAAUGAAAGCCAGAGGGCACACCUGGAGCUGGCCUCGGGGAUGAAUCAACAAAAAAGGCUGUAAUGGAUCUGUCAAAUGACAAGGAAACAUAAUGAGAUUCUUGCUCAGUGCCCUCAGAAAUUCUUUGGGCUGGGGUUCUGCCCGUGACAUUGCCACCAAAUCCAGGAGUGACGUAUUUAUUUUUUUCCCGGAUGGUGCACAGUGCCACAGCAGAGGCCUGAGGCAGCCAGGUAAAAGCCCAGCAGUAAAGGUCAGUAGCCUCACCUAUGCCAUACUGUCCAGCCUGGCCUGGGCUUGCUGGAAGCACUGACUCAUCAGAUGCGAGCAAUACCCAAGAAACAACCACAGGAUCCUGCAGAGGCUGGAGGAGGAAGCCGAUCCACGUGCUUUACAGUAACUUGUAGGAGCCACAAUGAAUGUGUGGAAGGGAGGUUUAAUACAAAUGUUGCAAGCACAUAAAAAGCUGCAGCCCGUAUGAAGAGGGGAAUUAUUAGCUAAAAGAUAGCCGUCAGAUUUCGGAAGAUAAAUGAAAGGUGGAUCUGAACCUUGAAAUUGUCAGCUCAGCAGGAGAUUGCAAAGGCAGAGUGGUGAAAGGAGGGUCUCCUGCAGAACUCCCAAGAAGAUUGAAAUGGAUUGUGCAAUUCUGGAAGGGGACAAGAAACGGGCAAUACAAAGACCAGUAAAAAUGGGAAGUACUGGAUUCUGGUUUCCUCCAAGAAGAGUCAGCGGAACUGGUUAAGACCAAAAUCUGAGGACUUUAGUGGGCAAACAUCAGUCCCCUUUUGCUUUCUUUUACGACCACAUGAAACUUGAGAAGCCAUCUAAAGCUAAAUCAUUUAGUGGAGUUGGGCAAUUCCCAAGUGUCCAACAAGAAGGCCUGGUUUAGGCUGCGAUGGCCACUGUCAUUCCUGGUGAUUUGUCAGAAGUAAGAGAUACCCAGAAAGUCCCUUCAGGGAAACGUAAGCGUGGUGAAACCAAACCAAGAAAAAACUUUCCUUGCCAACUGUGUGACAAGGCCUUUAACAGUGUUGAGAAAUUAAAGGUUCACUCAUACUCUCACACAGGAGAGAGGCCCUACAAGUGCACACAACAAGACUGCACCAAGGCCUUUGUUUCUAAGUACAAAUUACUAAGGCAUAUGGCUACUCAUUCUCCUGAGAAAACCCACAAGUGUAAUUAUUGUGAGAAAAUGUUUCACCGAAAAGAUCACCUAAAGAAUCACCUACAUACACACAAUCCCAACAAAGAGGCCUUUAAGUGUGAAGAAUGUGGAAAGAACUACAAUACCAAGCUUGGGUUCAAACGUCACCUGGCUUUGCAUGCUGCAACAAGCGGUGACCUCACCUGUAAGGUAUGUUUGCAGACUUUUGAAAGCACAGGAGUGCUGCUGGAGCACCUAAAAACUCAUGCAGGCAAGUCAUCGGGUGGAGUGAAGGAGAAAAAACACCAGUGUGAACACUGUGAUCGUCGGUUCUACACCCGAAAGGAUGUCCGUAGACACAUGGUAGUGCACACUGGAAGAAAGGACUUCCUCUGUCAGUACUGUGCACAGAGAUUUGGGCGGAAGGAUCACCUAACGCGCCACAUGAAGAAAAGUCACAACCAAGAACUUUUGAAGGUCAAAACAGAGCCAAUGGACCUUCUAGAUCCCUUUACCUGCAACGUUUCUGUGCCUAUCAAGGAUGAGCUGCUUCCAGUGAUGUCGUUACCUUCCAGUGAACUGACAUCAAAGCCAUUUACAAACACUUUGCAAUUAAAUCUCUACAAUACUCAGAUUCAGUCCAUGCAGAGUUCCGCAUCCGCACACCAAAUGGUUGCCACAUCAUUACCAUUGGGGAUGCCUUGUCCAAUAGAUAUGGAGUCUGUCCACCCUUCGCACCAGCUAUCGUUGAAAUAUCCGCUCAGUUCUACCUCAUAUGCAGUUUCUAUGCCUGAAAAAGAACAGCCUUUGAAAGGGGAAAUCGAAAGUUACUUAAUGGAGUUGCAAAGUGGUAUGCCUUCUUCAUCCCAGGAUUCUCAAGCAUCUUCAUCAAAACUAGGGCUGGAUCCACAAGUAGGGCCACUAGAUGAUGGGUCUGGGGAGGUUUCCCUUUCCAAGGGCUCCGUUCCUAUUAGUGAACCUCUAAACACCCCAUCAUUGGACUUUUCUCAGCUGUUCAACUUCAUACCCGUCAAUGGCCCUCCCUAUAAUCCUUCUGUUUCAGUGGGAAACCUUGGAAUGAGUUAUACGCAGGAGGAGGCACAUUCUUCUAUGACUCAACUUCCACCACAGACACAGGAUCCACAAGAUCCUAGCAAUAGUAUAGGUCUUGGGUCUCUGCACUCAUUGUCAGCAGCUUUCACGAGCAGUCUAAGCACAACCACCACCCUACCACGAUUUCAUCAAGCUUUCCAAUAGGAUGUACAAAGCUGGCUUGUUACUGUCUAUUUGUAGAAAUGCCUUAGGUGACCAUUUUUAACUUAGUGCCUACUAUAAGACAUUAUCAAUUCUCUGCUUUUGUACAGUACCAAUCUCAUGAAGCCAGUAAGAAAUUUAAAUUAACUUUUUAAAAAUGUUUUGAAAGUGUUUAUUCUCAGCUGUGUUUACUUCAUUGUUUUUGUUUUUUUAAGGUCUCAUUGUAUUGUUUUCAUUUUCACUGCCAAUUGACACAUUUAAAAUGUCCACUAGAAAGUCAUCCCAAGCAAACUUUCAACAUGCAUCCCUUUUAAAACCUUUUCAACCUUACAGCCACUCUGUCCUAUUGAUGUGGUGGAGCUAUCAUUUUUACCUUUUAUAUAUUACAGCAUUUGCAAAGGAUCCAUUUCAAACAUGUAUCACAAAGGCUCCUGAAGAUUGGGGAAAAAUUUUCUCCGGUCCCUUUCCAAAAAAAACCUCUUCCCAAAUGGUGACAUCUGAUCUGUUCUAUAAUGACAAAUUUUAAUUUUUAAAUAAAGAUAGAAUUCAGAUUUUUCUGAAAAUUUGGAUGUGUAUAUAUAGAAGUCCAUAUAUACACAUGUACAUAUAUAUAACAUUUUGACUUAUAUUGAAGUCAUUAUAAAAGGUGUUAAGAAUUUUGCCAUUUUCUGGCUUAAAUUUUUGUGGCUUGUUAUAAAUAUUGGAAGAAAAAGAAUACAGUUUAAUUUUCUAAAAUCGUGGCUGAACAGAACUUCAACAGAGAAUCUCUGCUUGCCUAACUGACAAAAGUUUCAAGUUGAAUUUGGAACUGUGUUGUGCUUUCAUGACUCUGGUAGAGGAAAACAGGCAAAUUUAAUGGCUGAUCUUGAAAUAUAAAAGUGUUGUAAUUUAGUAAUGCAGAAUAUUUUGUUGCAGUUUUUGUUUUAAUUCUUAACUUGCUGUUUUUUUCUCUUUAGUAGCAUAGAAAGAGUACUGCAUAGGAAUCUUCCAGUAGUGUACUGACGUAUGUAGACAUCAGUCUUCUCCCAGCUGCCACCACCAAAGGGUGGAUCAAGUCCAGCCAGAAAGUGUGUAUCUAUUUUCAGUUCAAUAUUAGUGUGCAGUCAGAGAGUGAAUGUAAAUUUACAAAUACCAUUUUUGGGGUUUUUUUUUUUUUUUUUUUUAUUGGAAUGAACUUUUCAGUUGUGUUACAUGGUGUGUUAUGUCCUCCUAAGCAACAAGUUAGAUGUUAAUCAUACUUUCUACACCUGGGUACUUGGUUAGGGACUUUUUGCCCACUGCCAAGAUUUAAAGACAGGACUCUUAGGAGUGAAGUAAAAGCAUAUUGCUUACACCACUUUUGCCUAAUGCAAUAUUUUCUAUUCCCCAACCCCUAAUAACCAAAAGAGGAAAAAAGAAAAAAAAAAAACAAAAACAAACCUGUGAUGCAUGAAAGCAAACUCGAGUUGCUGUAAUUCAACAAUAACACGUUUUCCUUGUCAUUUUUGUACGAGGAAUUAAAAUAGAAAUUGAGUACAUUAGUAUCUCUCAAACAAUAAUGAGGACUCAUACAAGGUUUUAAGUGGUUAAACUAAAUAUACUUCACAGAAACAAAAGUUGCUCCCAUUUAAGGAGCUCGUGCUCCAGAUGUUUUAUCAGUAGCUCCUACUUUUUUUUUUUUAAUUCUAGGAGCAAUAUGCAGGUGUAGUUUUACUAUUUUAUACAUAUAUGUAUUUAAAUUUUAUUACUGAAAGAUAACAUUUUUAUAAAUGUGUUUGUGUUCCAAAGGCAUUAAAAUAAGGAUGUAUUAAUAAGGAAAAUACCUUUUGAAAUUCUACAAAUUGCUCCUAGAUUUUGGGUUUAGGAGCUUGUUAUCUCAAAGUGGGCUUUUAGCUCUGCUUCAUGACUGCUUCCUCUGGUUUCUAUGAAACAGAUUGCUUGCUUACUUACAUCUUUAGUUGAAUGAUUUGUUCAAUAUUGCUUUUUUUUUUUUUUCUCAUCACCUUUAUAAAGGAAACAAAAACACAGGUGUACAGAGCACAAGGUGAACGCCACAGAAUGUAUUUCUGGUUAAAAAUCAGCAACCACAAUGCACAUAGGGCCAACUUGGCUUUCUUCUGAGUCUUUUCAGACUAUUUGGGAUGAAGAGCAGCGGCCUCCCUUGCUCCUGUGAGCUCUGUUCCACGUGGAGCAGAGCCCAGCAUCUCCCCAUGAGCAGAGAGAUGCCGUGACGCUCGGUUCUGGCAGCGGCUGUGGAGUGGAUGGGCCGCACUCUUCUUCCUGAUCACAGGCCUGGGAGCUGCAGCUCUGUGAGCAGUUUUUGGAUGGCCUGGAGGGAGUUCUUUGGUUGAGGUCACAAAUAAGUUCAGUCUCCUCUGCCGCUGCCAGAUACUUGGCCAGACUGCUCGCUGAGGGGAAUUGAUGUGGCACAUCUAACACUCAGCACGGGGCAGUGCCACCUGCUUAUCAGUCCCAGCCGCUGAUCAGACUCGAUUAAAAAAACCCAACAAACACUUGGCCAACACCCAGUUCUUAGUACUUAGCCGGAGUCCUUACUACUUGGUUAGUGCCUUAGCUUCCUGAGAAGGGGUUGACAUUUCACUUCAGAGGUAGACAUACAUUUCAGUGGAGGAGCAGGGACCUCAGACAAGGUAUUGAACCUCAUUCAGACAGGGCUGCAGCCAGCGGCUGCGCUCGGCCUGUGCCGCUGAGCUAGGAUGCAGGACGGUGUGGAAGCAGAUAUGACACUGUAAGCAAUAUUAACACAUUAGUGCUUUUGGAUAUUAUUUAGGCAGAGUCAGUAUUGGCCACUACUAAAAUAUCAUUUUUUUAAACCCUGUUUUCUAGGUUUCAGAUUGGUUCUUGGAGGGAGGGGGGAGGGCUGGCUGAUCAUGCACCACUCUUUGUGCAACUUCGAAACUUCUAGUGAGGUUUGUUGUUUUUUUUUGUUUGUUUGUUUUGUUUGUUCUUGUUUUUUUUUUAAUAUAUAUAUUUUUGUGUACUUGUUGCUUGUGCUUAAUUUAGUAGUAAAUUGUGGAAUAGAGUGAUUUAUUGUUAAUUUGGCAGUAGCGGUUUUUUAAAACCAUAUACUGACUGAAACAUGAGCCAGAGCUGAUUGCUUUAUUAAGCUAAUAAUGAAUGUUAAGAGUACAUAUUUUCAGGAUCAUUUGCCUAGUGAGCUAAACAUGUAUUAUAGGCCAAUAUUUUUUAAAAUAAAGCUUGGUCAACCUCUAUGUUACACAUAUUACAAGAUAUAGCACUUUCAAAAGAAAACCUAAACCUUUUAAGAAAGUUUCUUACAGGUUAUGCUUUUUAUUAUAAAACCUUUUAUUAUAAUUUGUUUCAAGUGCCAUUAGAUUACAUAUAUGUAGGCCUUUGGUAUAAUGCUUUGUGUACAAAAUGGUAGACAUUGUAAUUUUAAACAGGUACAUUUUUACAGUGUUUUCUUAUCAAUUUGCUAUAUUGCACAGAACCAGUGUGUCUUUCUUAAGGGUUUUACAAUGGUUUUUACUAGGUUUACAUGUUUCAAACUACACUGUCUUCUACUGCCAUUUUGAAUACCAGUCAAAAAAAGAAAAAGAAAAGAAAAAGAAAGAGUUUGUCCUCACCAAUUGUAAAUUGUGUCCUCUGGAGUUCUGGGUGGUAACUAUUGCAAAAAUAUUUAACACGCAGUAUUUGAUGCAGAUUUUUUUAUCAUAUGCUCUCAAUGCUAUGCUGCUGUCUGAAGUUAACUUAGGGCCUGAUCCUGCAUCCAUAGACGUCAAGGGGAGCAGGGCUGCAUCCUUCGUUAUGUCUGUCUCAUACACUGGUUUAGCAGCUCAUCCUGUAUUCUUCUCAGUCUAUAGAUAAGCCUCCGAAAUAAAUGUACUUACCUGGUAUGUAGUAAACUGUAUAGACUUAGCUGCCCAUUCUGCAUCUUCCCAGUGUACAAUUAAAACCAUAGGCAUUAGCAUUACACUCAGCGUACAAACAAUGCCACAGUAGUUCAAAAUGUGUUUGGAUAGUCCCAAAGCUUUAUGUAAUAAGGGUGUCUUACUUUGUUGGAAGGCAGUGUCUUUUGAUAACAGUUAUCUAGCCCUGGAAGUGACACAGAACUAUUGCUAAUCAUAUGUAAACACUUUUCAGUAUAAGCUUCAGUGGUACAGUUGAACCAGAGUGAAUGUUUAUCUCCUCAGAAACACUCCUGCAAUAUUGUUAUAUUGGAUCAUGCUGCUAAUGUAACUUGGGAUACAACUCCUCUCAUGGUGCUACAAACCUCCCUGUCUCAUUCAGAUGUAUUUUUACCCAUAGAAAAAAGGACUAUACUAGACCUAUAGUUGUAUGAUAUAUUUUUAUACUGUGACUUAAUUUGUCAUUAAUGAACUUUGUACAACACCACAAUGUAUUCAUAUGCACUUGCAGAAGUAAAAUUUUGGACAUGCAAAUUUAAACGCUGACAAGUCCAGCUGUUGUUCACAAAAAUAGAUGAUUUAGUUAAAAUUAAAUGUGGGCUUUUUAUAUGGUGUGGAGUGAAGAACAUACUAUAUAUUACUAAAAGCUUCUGAAUUUAGACAAAAACUGGGAAAGAGUAUAUUGGGGAAUGAUGACACACCCAAACCUGACUCGGAUUGCUGAAAUUCUAUUUUUUAGCUAGUGGGAAAAUUGUUUGGACUCGAAUGCUAAAAUGUUUUAAUGAUAAAAUUUUUGAGUCAAAAAUAGAGAAAAAAGAACACAGAAAACCCUGCAUUCCAGACAGAAUUUGUGUAUGUUUCUUGCAUUUAAAAUUUGCUAUCCUGUGAUAUGGGAAAUUGAGUUGCUUAUCAUGUAUAUGUACUUUAAAAUGUAUUCACAAACUACUGUUGUAUUUGUAUAAAAUAUAGACAAAAAGAUUGCGUAUAUAUUUUUGUGUAUAAGCUCUGUAAAAUAGCAAUCACAUUAUGAAGCUGCAGCAGAACUUCAUUUUAAACAUUCACAUCCAAAGAAACAGACUAUUUAUUGUCCACAUACCCUGAUUAUAAAAUAUACCUUGCUGCUAUUAAACAAUAGUGCUGCA